CGGCGCCGUCGAUGAUGCGUAAAAACCAAGCCUCUCCCCGAUCCCUGCCACCACUGCUGAUCCCGUUUUUCCACUUUGGAGGCGAAGGAGGACCGGAUCCUGAAGCCGAUGACCUGUCCUCCAGAGAUCUUGUGGUCCGGCUUGUCCCCGCCGAAGAGUCGGAAAAUUUUGGAUUUGACUGCAUCGACCCUGAAAGACUUGUCGUCUUCCACUCCCCGGCAGCCCCCAAUGGCGGGCAGUGUUUUCAUACUGGAAGGCGAUCCGGCGAGAAUAGAAAUCGAAACGCCAGCCUUGAUAACAGGGUCGUCGACUCGCCGCCUAGAGCUCCAUGGUUUCCGCUUGGGGAAGAGAGCCAGAUUUGUGAGGCCGAGCUCAGAGGGGAGGUACUCGGCGUCCGACAAUGUCAGCGUGGUUGAGGUCGAUGCCGUAGACGACGCUGGUUUUGGGAUUGGCUUCGGAUUCGAUGAUGAGUAGCAGUUACGGCGAUGGAUGAGGUCGCGGAGGAGGACAGAGAUAAAAGUAUUUAAAAAAAUUAUUUAAAUUUGUUUAAAAAUUAAAUUCUUUAUUUUUAGAAAUUAAAUUAUUUAUUUUUAUAAAUUAAAUUAAAAUUUUUAAAAUAGUAAAUUUCCUACGUGGCAGCGCCGCAUAAGCAAUAGUCGAAUGUAAGUUGACCAUCAUUAGGUCAACGGUUAACUCUAACGGUCAACAGAAAUUUGUGUAACAUAAAUGACGCAGAUACCCGAUAGGUUGGAAUAUUUUUGUGUUUAUUGAAGUUACGUAAUAUAAAUGACACUUUCGC